AUGGCCUGGACGACUGUCCUGCUCAUGCUGCUGGCCCACCUCACAGGUUGUGGCCCUCAGCCCAUGCUGCAUCAGCCACCAUCAGCAUCUUCCUCCCUUGGAGCCACCGUCCGCCUCACCUGUACCCUGAUCAACAACCAUAACAUUGGCAUUUACAGCAUUUACUGGUACCAGCAGAGGCCGGGCCACCCCCCCAGGUUCCUGCUGAGGUACUUCUCACACUCAGACAAGCAGCAGGGUCCCAAUGUCCCACCUCGCUUCUCUGGAUACAAAGAUGCAGCCAGGAACCUGGGUUAUCUGAGCAUCUCUGAACUGCAGCCUGAGGAUGAGGCUGUGUAUUACUGCGCCGUGGGGCUCCGGAGCCAGGAAAAGAAGAGGAUGGAGAGGGAGUGGGAAGGAGAAAAGUAGUACACAGAUUUGGGAUCUUAGGCUCUGGAGACAUUCAG